AUGCAGCGCCUUAAGGCGCCCGAUGAGGGGCCCCUGGGGCCCCUUCCGUCGGACAGUGGGGCCCCGUGUGCUGCUUCAGUCAGCAUAGCAGCAGCAGCAGCAGCAGCAACAGCAACAGCAGCAACGGCAGCAACAGCAGCAGCAGAUGAACCAGCUGCGGCACCCACAAAGAUGGAAGCAGCAGCACCCAAAGUAGAGGCAUUAGCAGCAGCAGCACCCCCUGCAGCAGCUGCUGCAACACCAUCUUCAGCAGCACCUGCAGAAGGAGGAGCAGAAGCAGCAGCAGCAGAAGCACCAAGCGCAGCAGCACCUGCAGCAGCAGCAGAAAUAAAGUGUGCUUCAGAAGGAGGAGAAGAAGAUUUGGCUUCGACAGAGACAGCCUCCUCAGCCACUGCUUCUCUUACUCCUGCUGCUGCUGCUAAUGCUGCUGCUGCAGAUGCUGCUGCUGCUAAUGCUGCUGCUGCAGAUGCUGCUGCUACUAGUGUUGCUGCUGCAGAUGCUGCUGCUACUACUGUUGCUGCUGCUGCUGAGGUAGAGAAUGAGCAGCCUACAGAUUCUAGAGAGCGAAGGCCGGGUCCUUCAUCUGCUGCAGCGAAGAGACAGCGAGGAGACAGCGGGAAAAGAGCAAAGGAGACAGCAGCAGCAGCAGCAACAGCAGCAGCAGCAGCAACAGCAGCAGCAGCAACAACAGCAGCAGCACAAGGCAGGAGAGUAAACCCCAGGAGACGCUGCAGAGGCGAGGGGGGCCCCAUCGCUUUAACUUUUGAGUGGACGCGCAUGCAAAUUCAACAGUGCAAAAUCCUCGCAGAAGAGAUUGCGUGGAGUUCGGUUGACUCUGCUGUUCUUCGCGAAAAUUUAGCAGUGCGGCUUGAGCCGACGCCUGGUGUAGGGUGGGGUCUGUAUUUAACUCGCAGCAUUAAAAGCUGCUGCUGCAAGCUUGCAGAAGCAGCAAAGGAAGCAGAGGAGCGGCUGCUGCUGCUGCUGCAGCAGCAGCAGCAACAGCAGCAGCAACCGCUAGCGAAAAAACGCAAACCUAAACCCACACUCCCUCCCACCGAAUGGUUUGAGGCCCCUGCUGAAGCGCAGCAUCUAACCAGCAGCAGCGCAGCAGCAGCAGCAGCAGCAGCAGCAGCAGCAGCAGCAGGAGAAGCAGGAGCAACAGCAUCAGCAGGAUUAGGAGAAGCAGUAGCAGCAACAGCAGCAGCAGCAGGAACAGAAGAAGGAGCGGCAGCACCAGCAACAGCAGCAGGACCAACAGCAGCAGCACUAGCAGCAGCAGCAGCAGCAGCAGGAGGUGAGGGAGGUGGAAAGACAAAAAAAAUAUCAACAGAGGACAGGGCCCUAAUGAACACAGAUGAGAACCCAGGUAAAUAA